CUGACACACUACGCAUAGCCAUCACGACUGUCUGUGUGUGUGUGCAGGCAGAAGGAAAAGCAGGACACAAGGCAAGUUCAGCAACUUUACCAACAAGCAAGGCAGUCUAGCACGCGCAUGCGUAGUCAGCAGAGCCCUGCUGCUGCCUCGCUUCAUCGGUAGGGAGGAAGAAAGAAAGAAGCAGGAAUAAAAGUAGUCAUCAUCGUUUGGUUGGACCAAGGAGCUGUGCAUGUGCCCUGCAGUGCUCCCGAGACUCAUUUCUAGUCUGGUCGCGUGUUGCAAGAUCAUGUAACCAAGAAAAAGCAAGGCCGCGCGAAAAUCUUAUUUCUCCCUCUCUGUGACACUUGCCAUUUUGUUUUGUGUGCUGUGUGGCCGUGAAUUUCACUAACAAAGUUGCACUGGGUUGGGGAAAUAAGAAGUGUUGUUUGAUUUCGUCACGUGGAUCGAUAAUUGGGACCACACAUUGGUGGCAUCGUUGUUUUCUAGUUGUUAGGCGUGGGAAUCGUAGUGCCGUUUUAUCGUGUUGAAGAAUGUGGCUAACGAAUGUCUUUUCCGUGUUGUUCAUUCUCACCGUGUUCUUUAGCAGCCAUAACGUGAGCGCCGAAAGGAAAACCCGACCGGAUUCGUCCAACACGAUUGCAGACGAAAGUGCAGACGACGAACAGAAGUCGGAUGUGUUGACCAAUGAACUGCUACUUCCUGAUGUCGGCAGUAGGGGUAAUCGAUCGGAGGAAGCCAGCGGCGAUCAGGAUUUGUAUCAGACGUCAGUCGAUCGUUUUAACAUCAGUGAUGGUGCCAGCAAUGCCACACAACAAGAAAUUGAUUGGGCCGCUGUUUGGCCGUACUUUAACACUGGCUGCCUGGAAUGGCUGCCCAUCAAUCACGUCUAUUUCCAGCUAGCCAACAGUUUCCUCUUCCUUUCAUACCUGGCGCCGCCUGGACUCUACGGACUCAUCUACCUGCGCUUAAUGUUGGCCAUUGGCUCGGCCUUUUUCGCCAUCUGGGGUUGGGUCAUUCUCUGCGCCUUCGACACAUUUGUGUGGAACGCCUUUUUCUUCCUCAUCAACGUCGUGCACGUUAUUUACCUCCUGUUCUCCAUGCGACCAGUCAGAUUCGACAAACAAGUUGAAGAGGUAUACAAAAACAUCUUCCAGCCAUUAAAAGUAUCGAAACAACAAUUCAAGAAAGUUGUCAACUGCAUGAAAUCCAUCCGGCCAUUGAAAAGGGGAGAACAUUUCGCAUUUGAAAAGCAAACACGAGUUGAAACACUUUCUCUCUUGCUCUCCGGCAGCAUGUUGGUGAUUGAAAACGGACGGACACUCCACGUUCUUCAUCCAAUGCAAUUUCUCGACUCUCCCGAAUGGUUCGGUGUUUCGUCAGACGAUUUCUUCCAAGUGAGCAUCCGAGCUUGUGAGGAAUCACGCGUCCUAUUAUGGCACCGCGAUAAGCUGAAAUUGAUCCUGCUGACUGAUCCUUUCCUGCAAGCCGUUUUCGAUCACAUUCUCGGACGAGAUGUUGUUCGCAAGCUAACCCAGAUGAAGGAAAAGAUUACGAGUCCAGGCAGCGGAGCAGGAAGUCCAUUCCGGUCCAGUAACCUUGUCAAUAACGGAUCUUUUAUCGAAAACGAAAAGUCGUUGACUCUUCCAGCCAACACGAAAAGUUCGGUGCAUGAGCAUGGACUGAAAGGUGUAGUGGCGGCGGAGCAACUCUCGCUUUUAGAUGAAAAUGUUACUGGCAAAAAGAUGAGAAACAAAAGCGGGACGUCAACGUCUCCGGUACUGGGCGCUCGCAAGUUUAAUUCUUCAGCUGGAAGCCCGACCAGUCCGACCGGUCGUUACGACUACUCCAUUGUGCAGCAUCUAGACAGCACGGAUAUUUAAUAAGUUCUCCUGGCUUUACCAAACGCACAGAUCUGAUGCACUGUCGGAGAUUCUCCAGUUCAACCAUCGACAGUUAUGUCUCUUGAAGGCACAAACAAAAAUCCCGGAUAACAUGUUCAGUCGUGUUUUGCGUUUUUUAUUUUUGAGUUCAGUUUUUCUAGUGACACUGCAGCACGCACGAAAGCGCACAAACGAACCCAGUUGCCAAUGCCCGCAAUAUUACUACAAGCUUCAUUUACUUCAUCGAAAUUGAUAUGACAUUUUAUUUGAUUGUGACUGGCU